GGGGUACAUAUCAACCCUUCACAAUAAUGGCAUUCCAUUCAACGAAAACCAAACACCUAUUAAGUCGGACGAAGGCUAUAAUACCGGCUCUCGAAUAAAGAUUGAAGGCGCAAUCAUUUACUGCGAAUUGCAACAUUCAACGUUUGUCAUCCCAAAAAACAAUACAACCACCAAUGACACGAGCUCUCCAGUCUUUCCCUCAUCAUCUCGCCGAGCUGCAACCGUCCAAAGCAUCGCGGAACAUUCACCCCCAACAAAAAAACCAAAACUUUCCCUUUUAAGUACCAUCGCGUCCGAAAGUGCUCAAUGCAGGAUGAAGACGUGUCGAAUAAUAUUCAACCUGAAUCUAUUAAUCCAAGCAAAAGAACCUCGUCAAAUACGUCUAAAUCCAGACGAACAACUCUACGAGAUUUAUCCUCUCGGAAGUUAG